AUGGAUAAGACCACAGCAGCAGCCAAACAAUCCACAACACCGUCUUCUACCUCCUCUCCUGCCACAUCAAACAACAAACCGAAGACGACUCGGAGGGAGAUGCCACUUGCCGCAGGGAGCUCGAGAAAAGGCUCUGGUGAACUCACGUCAGAUGACAGUUUCGAUGUCAAGAAGAUGGCGAAAUCUCACGCCUCAGGAACUUUGUUAAAAGAUCUUUUGAAGCAAGGAAGCAAGAUGCUCAUGCUCGCUGCAAGCAAAGCGGAUCAGUUCGCUCCAGCCACGGUUCCCUCCUCAGACGCUCUACAACGCUUGGAUGCGUUAGAAGAGCAAAUGAAGACACACCAAGAGCGAACGACCGCACAGCUGACGGAAAUUCUAUCAGAAAUCGGACAAGUUGCACCAAUCUUGAAGCUCAUUUCCGAUAGAAUGGUACUGAUCGAUGAAAAAGUGCAAAAAGCGGCCACCACAGAAGCCCUUAGUUCCGGACAGAAUCGUCGAGAAGAAAUCAAGGAACUACGAGCAGGAAUCCCUCUACCGGACAUCCAGAAGCUCACAUUCGACCUCAACCAAUUACACGGCCGUUUCGACGCAUUGGAACGUCGACUUCCCUCUGCAGAUGCCAGGACGGAACCCUGCCCUUUGGCCCAAGACGAUCGUCCGGACGACGCUAGGCAAAUUCGGGAAGAUCGUCUCAACGAGUCCAGACGCCCGGAUGAUUCCAGACAAACUCACGAUGAUCGCUCCAAUGAGCGCAAACGAGAGGAUCGAUCUGAAGACCAGAGGCCGCCUCGAGAAGAACGCAGGGAGGACUCAAGACAUGCACCAGGGAGCCGCCCAGAUAACCAGAGGCUACCUCGAGACGAGCGUAGGGAGGACUCAAGACGUGCACCAGAGAACCGCCCUGAUGACCAGAAAACACCUCGAGAGGAACAUAGGGAGGACGCAAGACGCACACGAGAUGACCACCAUUACGACACGAUGCGUCGAGGACGAGAAGACCGUCCGAUAGCCGCGAAAAAGACAGCGAGACAAUCAUCACGACGACACCAGACGAGCCCGCGACAGUCCAUCCAGGAAAAGGAAAAAGACAUCGAGAUGAUCACGACGAGGACGUGA